AUGAUGAUGAGUAGCUCAAAUAAUGGUGAGUCUAGUGGUUCUUCAGCUUCAUCAGCCGGAGGAGGAGAGUUCGAAAUAGCGAAAGUAUUGGCUAGCUUAAGAAAACAUGAUAACGCAGCGGCAGCUGUGGCGGUGGAGGUGGAGGUGGAGGUGGAAAAGGAGAUGAGGGGAACUACCGGUGGUGGUGCCAAGUCAACCGACUCGGUUGGACAAGAUGAUAAUAACAAUAAUAAUAAUAAUAAUAAUAAUAAUAAUAAUAGCAAUGGCUGGGGAAGUAAAGGGAAGCGGUGGCUAAGUAGUAGUGGUGGUAACUAUAAUAAGCGUGUCAAGGAGUGUAGUUCAAUUCAUUCUUCUUCUCCUUUGCCUUUUGAUCUCAACGUGGAUCAGCCUAGUGUAUAUCAAGAGGAGUGUCAAAAUGUUGAUGCAAAAACUGAGGAGACAUGCGAAUCAGCUGAACGUGGCCGCGUUUGCAAUUCCCCACAUAAUGGUGGAAGGUCAAGGCAUAAUCUGACUGAGGCGGAGAAGGAAGCACGGAGAAUACGUAGGAUAUUAGCCAACAGGGAGUCUGCAAGACAAACCAUUCGCAGGAGACAGGCUUUUCAUGAAGAACUAACAAGGAAAGCUGCAGAUUUAGCAUCAGAAAAUGAAACUUUAAAAAGAAGCAAGGAGUUAGCAGUCAAGGAGUUUCAGUCUCUACAAACUACAAACCAAAACCUCAAGGGGCAGUUAUCUCAAACAUUAGGAUGCAAACUUGGAGAAAAUAAGGAAGAAGCGCAAUCAUCCAGUCCGGAUACUCAUAAUCUCAAUUCAGCUAAUUGGGCACAGUUAAUGUACAAUAAAUUGUCUGCAGGAUCUUUUGUAUUCCCUGCAUGUGUGUCUCCUUCAGACUUGAACGUAUCAACUUUGAGUCAACAGCUUUAUAGUUCUCGCAUGUCUGAAAAUACCUCCAGUAUCAAUGGCCAAAAUAUGCCCUGGUGUAUACUGCCCUGUCCUGUGUUCCUUCCAAUACCUGAUAUCAAGAAUUUCCCGUCUUUACUUUUGAAAGAUAAAGAUGAAGUCAGUUCAGUUGAUUCUAUACAUGCUCAUGCUCAUGCUCAUAGUCCAUCUUCCGUUCUACAUUGCCUACACAACUGUCCCUUGGUUAGAUCAGCAGAUAAGGUAAGUAGAGGUCUUCCAUUAACACAAGACAAUUGUAUAAAUGGUUUCCAUCAAACUCCAUUUGGGAUUUCUAUUGCUGGAGUGAAUCAACAGAUAGCACCUCAGUUGCGAGAUGGAUUUUCUGUAGAUGGAGAGGAUUGUAUAAUUCCACAUUCUCUAAAUAAUACCGAUACUUGUUCAGCAACAGUUCUGGAGACACCAAGUGCUUUGCCAGAAAAAAGAAAAGAGCGUACUCUAAGAAAGAAAGAGAGUACAGUUGCAGGAGCAGAGGCCAGGAAAAAGCGGAAAGAACUGAUGAAAUUGAAGAGCCGACUCCACUGCCAUCUAUUAUAGCCAAGAGAAAAACUUGUGGUCUAGUGAUAGAGUUUUUCUAAUUCACUAACGACUAUUCUUAUAUUUCUGUGAACCAACAUUUUGUAUGGAGACCUUUGCUCUAGGUAUACCGUGUUUCUGUAACCGUUGAGUGGCUUACAGCAGUCGGUAUGGACUAGGAACAUUUUGUACUGGUGGAUUUAUUUUGGGAAGACCGUGUUUAUGGAGGCGCUGCUGGGAGUAUGUUGUUCAAAACAACUGACUUUGGAAGACUUAAUCAUGUAGUUGGUUGCUAGUUUUGAAUGUAUUUAAAUGUCUUCUCUCAUUUGUCAGGUGUUGAACAGAUUUUCUUAUGUUGGUUGCUACUUUUACUAGUAAGAGAUAAGAGAUUUAGGGGCAACACUGCAUACAGGCGACCUCCUCUAAAGCUCCUGUCAGUCCUCUGGAUUUCGUGGCUGUUUUAUCAGUUGCUGUUUCUCGUAAGCAGUUGCGUGUAUGCCAGGUUUCCUGAAUCCUUCCAGUGUGAUCUGUUUUUUCUGUAAUCUCGUUAUUUGUAACAGUGAGCUAGAUUAGCACUGUAAUUCACCAUAAAAUGGAGAAACAAAGGCCUAAGCCAAUGGACAUAUCAUC